UGAUGUGUUUUAACAUUGAGCAGGAUUAAGUCUAAAGAUGGGAGUUAAAUUCUAUAAAGUGACCGGAAUACUGCUGUCCGUUACAGUUGUGGUAUUAGGGGCAGUAACGACGAUUGUGCUGUACUUUGCGGGGCAGUCGGCCAUUGACUUCUUCUAUACCGGAACAACGAGGGACGUGGACGGACGAAUCCACCGCCGGCAGCUAACAGAUGACUGGUACGGCGUCUUUUUCCUCCGAGGCUGGGCCUUCGGAUUUGUUUACAUCACACCCGGAAUAUACGGCAUUGCAUCUUCCCUUUUCUUCAACAAAUGCCUGAUGGGGGUGUCUGUGGUGGUGGAGACUCUGGCGGUGACAGCCGGAAGCUUCUUGCACUCGGUCGGGGCGCUCGGACUGUUACAUUACUACUUCGUGGUUUCCGAGGGAGCCUCCAAACACGACCCGUUCCUUACCGACUGUUUCUUCAGUAAGAUGCAGACUACGGACACGUACCCCAUCCAGCCUGUGCCAGUGAACGAGCGGUGCGAGCAGGGGCGGAAGUUGUUCGCUUCCUCAUACACCAAGUGCCUAGACCACAGAAAAAAAAUUCUACUACAACGGAAACACCGGCAACAUGUGCUGACGGUUCAGUACGGUUGGAACCAGCGCGAAUUCGCCGGCGAAGACAAGGGACGGCACGACCGGUGGCGUCGGCAUCAGACGCUGACAGACAGGCCGACAUCGGUUUGGCGGAGGGUGCCAGGCCUAAGGACGCCGGCGGGGCACAGCGGACAACACCGGAAGUUGGAAUAGAUGAAAAGGUGACGAUGGCGGCACUGGUCGGAUGUACAACCGAUUCCGGCUUUGAAGCUGGAUCUACCCUAGAGUUUUCCCUGAAUGAGACUUCAGGACCAGUGGCGGACAUUGACAUGGGCGUUUACGGGGAACCCACGUCUUGGGAACACGCGAAUAUAAUACCUUUUGAAAGUGACACUAAUUGUUAAAAUCGAUACAUACACAUGUAUAACAAACCUUUAACUACUUACUAAAUAAUGCAUUUUGGGAAAAUAUCAAUUACUGAUAACAAGAUUGUACCCAUGAUUUAAUGGCUGAAGAAGCAAAAAAUAUUAAAUGAUUGGUGAGUGCUAAAAGAUUUAUUGUGAUCAACUAUUGUCUCAUAAGGUAGAAAUAGUUUUUUCUGCACCUUUCUUUCAAAUUUAACUCUGUAUCCUUCAUAAGAACCAUUGUUUUCGACAUUUAUUUAUAUUUUUUGGUAUAUUAAAAGUAAAAACAAUUGCAAUAAUUGUGGUAAAUGUUAUUUGGGAGUAAGAGUACAUCUUUAAGAAAUCCGACCUACAAAUAAGAUUCAUGUAGUUCUCUGACUAAUCCAUAAACGAUAAUGUUAAAGGUUUAUACCUGAUGAAGACAUAAAAGUUUAGUAUCACUUGAGAAGUAGUUGCUUGCUGAUUACUUACACGCAAAAAUAAAUGACUAAAUUACGUUAUUGCGAGUACGUUUUGUUUAAUUCCUCUUUAUUUCGACCAUAAUACGAUGUGAAAAUACAUUUUUUGCUAUCCUUCAAGGCCAUACAGGCUUCUUUAUGUUCUCAUUUAAUGCUGCACUCUCACAGAUUGAACGUUUUGACAACUUUUUUAUAUCUUUUGUCUUGGAACGAGCCAAUUUUUUGCGAAAAUGCAUGAACACCAGUAAUAUAAAACUGGUGACAAAAAAUAGAUCGCAGAUUUUUAUAUAUAAGUUCAAAAAUUGAUGUUUAAUGCAUUUUUCUUAAACCGUUAGUUACUGUUUAAGCCUUAAAACAUUAAUUUUAAGAUCUUUUGUCAGCUAUAUUUUAUCG